UUCAUCUCUCUGAUGUUGCCCUCUGCUGUCUUUUGCUCUUUCUCUCUUCCCCGCCAGCUGUCCAUCCCUCGUCAGCCGUCGCUGCCCUUUCUCUGCUUCUUCUCCUCUCUCUGUUUCCGUCUCUUCCUCCUCUGGAUCUGGGCGAGAUAUGAAGCGGCGCCAUGGGUUUUAUGGAAUUCUACCUGGAGAUUGACCCCGUCACCCUCAACCUCAUCAUCCUGGUCGCCAGCUAUGUCAUCCUGCUCCUGGUCUUCCUCAUCUCCUGCAUCCUGUACGACUGCCGGGGCAAAGACCCCACCAAGGAGUACGCCCCGGACAACACGCCGGCGCCGCCCAGCCAGUCGCCCAUCCGCCUGGUGGUCAUGCAGAACUCGCCCGCUUCCUCCCGCUACGAGCCCAACAACACGGCCGGCCACGAGCUGCAGACGCCGGAUCUGAGCCGGGACAGGGGAGAGAGGGAGCGGGAGAGAGAGAGGGAGCGGGAGAAGAGGAGUACUCUGGUUUAA